AUGGGGAAAUCAAAGUUCUAUCUCAUCUUUACAUUAUCUUGUUUCGUGUUUACUCUUUCUUCAGCACUUCUUCAAACUAUUCCCGCAUUGUUUGCCGAUUGUCUUGUUAGGAAUUCUCCAUCUGCUGAUAUAGGAAAACUGUUUUACCCUCACUAUUCCCCUUCCUACUCAUCCAUCCUCGAGUCUACUGUCCAAAAUCUUAAGUUUAACUCCUCCUCGCUGCAACCCUUCUUCAUCAUUACACCGUAUAAUGUUGAUGAUGUUAGAUCUGCAGUGAUCUGCACACAAAACUUCAACCUCCAACUAAGAGUUCGAAGUGGAGGUCAUGACUAUGAAGGCUUGUCUUACAAAGCAAACGCGCCUUUUGUUCUCGUUGAUCUUGUCAACCUUCGACGUGUGAGUGUAGACUUAGAGAAUCAAACUGCUUGGGUUCAAUCUGGUACUACAUUGGGUGAGUUGUAUUAUCAGAUUGGUAAUCGUAGUCAAGAACUUGGUUUUCCUGCUGGAACUUGCCCUACAAUAGGUGUUGGAGGACAUUUUAGUGGUGGAGGGAAAGGUACAUUAACAAGAAGUUUUGGCCUUGCGGCUGAUAAUGUUCUUGAUGCAGUUUUGGUUACAGCUAAGGGUGAAAUUCUCAAUAGGACAUCAAUGGAAGAAGAGGUGUUUUGGGCUAUCAGAGGAGGUGGAGGGGCAAGCUUUGGUGUGAUUGUUGAUUGGAAGAUCAGGUUGUCUCCUAUUCCUGAAAAAGUUACUGUCUUCACCAUCUCUAAAACACUGCAACAAAAUGCGACAGAAAUCAUAUAUAAGUGGCAAGAAGUUGCGCCUGAGUUACCGAAAGAGCUAUUCAUUAGACUCGUCUUAACAAUUGGCAAAGACUCUCAAGGAAACACAACUGUGAUGGCCAUAUUUAGGGGCUUGUAUCUUGGAAAUGUUAAUAGUCUGGUUUCCUUGAUUAACAAGAAACUCCCAGAACUUGGCUUAGCUACCAAACAAUGCCAAAAGAUGAGUUGGUUAGAGUCUAUAUUAUUCUUUGAUCGAGGCCUAAGACCAGGAGAAUCUGUAAGUAUUUUAAUGGAUCGUAAUCGUUUAUACACCAAAGGUUUCUUCAAAGCAAAAUCAGAUUUUGUUACUCAACCUAUUACACAUGAAGGGCUAGAAGAAAUAUGGAAGGUAAUAAAAGAAGGUGAUUCAGGUGUUUUGAUUUUGGAUCCUUUUGGUGGGAAAAUGAAUGAAAUUCCAGAUUCCGAAACACCGUUUCCAUUCAGAAACGGAACAUUGUACAGUAUACAAUACUUCACCAGUUGGCGAGAUCCUAAACCAGAGGUAGAGAUGAGUAAGAUGGAGUGGAUUAACCGAGUCUAUAACGCUAUGACACCUUAUGUUUCCAUGAACCCUAGGACUGCAUAUCUUAAUUACAGAGAUUUAAGCAUUGGAAUGAAUGCAUUUGGGAAGCAUACCUACUUUUCUGCAAAAUUAUGGGGUGAAAAAUACUUCAAGGGCAACUUCCCAAGACUAGCACAAGCAAAAGCCAAGGUGGAUCCAUUCAAUUUUUUCAAGAAUGAACAAAGCAUCCCUCCUCUGUGGCUCAACAUUUAA